AUGGAUGACAUUCAAGUCAAAGAGAAACCUGCUCAACCAGAGCAGAAUCAAAGCUCAGACUAUGGUGCUGGGAAAAUGACUACGAUCGAUGACUUGGAGGUUGAGAAUUUCUAUGGCUCUUCUACCACGCAGUCAUAUCGUCUGAAGUCUGAGUUGGUUGGUAAAUGCAUGGAGGAGAUUGGUAUGGGAUGGUUUCAAUGGAAACUCUUCGUGGUGACUGGAUUUGGAUGGAUUGUCGACAACUUUGCGUCGCAAGGCAUCGGAAGUGUUCAACCGCCCAUCAAACAAGAAUUCUCCGACAUAGUACAAGUCAGUUACAGCUCUGUGGCCUACUAUGUUGGACUCAUUCUUGGUGCCUCCUUUUGGGGCCUUUCCAGCGAUUUGAUGGGUCGCAAGCCGGCAUUCAACUGCACUCUGCUUAUUGCUGGAGUAUUCCUCUGUGCCGCUGCCGGAUCGAUGAACUUUGUUGCCUUUAGUGCUCUUUGGGCUGUCAUUGGAACAGCUGCCGGUGGAAACGUACCGGUUGAUUCAAUGAUCUUCUUAGAAUUUGUUCCUGGAAGUCAUCAGUAUCUCCUCACGGCUCUGUCUGCAUGGUGGAACCUGAGUCAAUUGAUUGUCUCGUUAAUCGCUUGGGUCUUCCUGGCAAACUUCAGCUGCCCGACCGAUGCUACACCCGAAACUUGUUCCCGCGGCCAGAAUAUGGGAUGGAGAUAUACCCUUAUUACCCUCGGCGGCCUAGCCCUCACAUUCACAUUUGUUCGUAUCUUCGUUUUCAAGUUACCCGAAACUCCAAGAUAUCUUCUCUCUCAAGGAAGGGAUCAAGAAGCGGUAGACGCCGUCAACUACGUCGCAAGACAAAAUGGAAAACCAGAACCCUUAACAAUCGCAAUGCUCCGGGAUAUCGAUAUUCGAACGGGAACACCACUCCAUGAAGAGGGGGAAACACAUCGCAUGACCACGAAAGAGAUCGUUAAAGAGAACAUGCAGGCCUUCAGGGGCGAGCAUUACCGAGCAUUAUUUGCUACUCGAAAACUCGGCCGACAAACAAUAAUCAUCUGGGUAAUCUGGCUGACUGUUGGAAUUGCAUACCCACUCUUCUUUGCCUUCUUGCCAUCCUAUCUAGCAACCAAGUUUACAGAGAACUCAUCUCUCUACCUCACAUAUCGUAACUACUGCAUUACAUCAGCAGUCGGUAUUGUCGGUCCACUGUCCGCUGCAGUAUCGGUCAAUACUCGCCUCGGAAGACGUUGGAUGAUGGGAAUCUCUGCUGUUGUAACUGCCGUCUUCCUCUUCGCAUAUGUGGGUGUCAAUAGUCCAGCUGCCGAUUUGGCCUUUUCUUGUAUUACCAGCCUUUUGGGUAACUUUGAAUAUGCUAUCAUGUACGCAUUUACGCCCGAGACAUUCCCAGCCCCCCAUCGUGGCACUGGCGCCGGAACUGCCGCAGCCCUCCUUCGCUUGGGUGGACUUGUUGCUAGUCUCAUAUCCUCACAGACCGGAUUUACAAGUGCUCCAAUCUAUGCGAGUGCUGCACUGUGGGUUGCUGUGGGGGUCUUCUGUUUGGGCCUGCCGUUUGAGACCUACGGACAUGACGCAUUGUAA